AUGACAAAUCUAAGAUAUGCUUUAUAUAAAAAUCUCAUAAAUAAAUAUAAUAGGAAUAUAACUAAUAAAAAAUAUAAUUUAUAUAGAGACGAUUUUUGCAGAAAUAUUUCUAUUCCUAGUAGUUCUCAAACACGAAAAAUAAAUACAUAUAAUAUUCAAGAUGACAACUCUUUUAAGAAAAGAAAAAAAAAAAUUUCUUUUAAAAAUGCUUUUUUUUUAGCAUUAUUAUUAUAUAGUUCUUACGAAAGUGUAAAUUUAUAUGAGAACAAUGAAUUUGUAAAAAGAAAAAUAGAAACUUAUCCUUAUUUAUGUGAUAUUAUAGAAAAGCAAAUAAUUCCAUAUAAAAUUAAUUUUGAUAAAAUUUUGGAUAAGGGUCAAGAACAUAUAAAAUUACAUAUGAAAGAUGUGCAAUCAAUAGAUGAAUUUUAUUAUCUCAUGAAAUAUAUGAUUUUAAAAAUUUAUAAUAAUUGCAAAAUCUUUAUUAAUAUAAAAAUAAAUAAUAUUUUAAAGAUGCUUGAUAAAAUAACUAUGAAGCCUAAUGAUAAUCCAGAAGAUUUCAAAAAUGUAGAAAACUCUGAAAUUUUAAAAAAAUAUGAAAUAGAAAACAGGAAUUAUGACAAUAGUAAUAAAGAAGGUGAAAUAGAUCAAAUGCAUAUAAUAAAAAGUUAUGAUAAAAAUAAUAAAAAUACAAAUUCUGAAGUAGAUACAUUAGCAAACGAUACAGAGAACGAUUCUGAAUUAUUCAACAAAUUAGAUACAUUUGAAAUAGGGAAAAAUGAAGAUAUUCAUAAUUCAAAUAAUGAGAAUAACAUAAAUUCUUGUCCAAUUGAUUAUAAUCAAGAUUUCAAUAAUUUUCUUAAUCACAUAGAAAAAGAGUCACAAAAACAGGAAAUACAAAAUGAAAAUAUAAAAGAAACGUUGUAUGAAAAUAUAGUAGCAAAAGUAAAAGAAAAUAAAUUAGAAGAUAUGUUGGAUGAAAAUUUAAACUAUGAAAAUAGAAUUAAUUUUCAAAAUCAAACUUAUGAGGGUUCUCAAGAAAAAGAAAAAAUGAAUGAGAAUUUAGGUGACGAAUUCCAAAACGAAACUAAUAUUGAACUUUUAGAUAAUAAUAAUUAUAAUUCUUCAAUAUCGUUAGAUAAUAUAAAAGAAAUGGAUGAUAUAUAUAAAAAAUUUUCUAAAACUAUCAGUGAUACUAUUUCAAAAGAAAAAGAGACAAAUUACAUUUCUCAAGCAAAAGAGGAAUUGAAUGAAAGUAAUAUAAAAUAUUUUAAAAAAAAUGAAGAAAAAAUAAAGGAAGAUAUAAAUAAUAUAUCAGGUUAUGAUUCACGAAAUAAAAAUGAAAUGAAUGAGAAUAAAUACAAAGUAAAUUUUAUUAAUGAAGAUGAUGAAAAAAAAAUAUCUAAAGAAGAUAUUACGAAAAAAAAUGAUGAUUUAAGAGAAAACUAUUCUUUAAAUUCAGUUGAUUAUAAAAUGAAUAAUGAACAGACUGUAAAUAAAUUAAAAAAAAAAAAAAAUAAUGAUAACAAUUUAAAAUGUAAUUUAAGUAUUAGUACGAUACAUGAAGAGAAUGAAUCAACUGAAAAAAUUUUUAAUGAUAUACAUUUAAAUAAUAGUUUUGAAAAAAAUUUAAAAGAUUUUGAAAAUACAAUAAAUAACUUAAAUGAAAAAGAAUUAAAAAAUAAAAUAAUAGAGAUGUUCAUAAAUGAAAUAAUAACAAAAAAGUAUAAAGAUAUUUUAUUGGAGGAAGAGAAAGAAAUAUUAAAGAAAAUGUUAACCGUUAAAUAUAACAAUAUUUUUUUGAAAAAGAAAAAAAAAUUACAAAAAGAUUUAAAAAAAAAUAUGAUAAAAAAAUUGAAGGAAGAGGAAAAAAUAUUAAAAGAAAACUAUGAAAAAGAAAAAAAAAGUUUUGAAAGUAACUUAUUAAAUUUGAAGGAAAAAGAAAUGGAUAUAGAAAAAAAAAAGAUAGAAAAUAAAUUAAAGUUAAUUGAAGAAAACUAUUUGAAUAAAAUGAAUAUCUAUGCAUGUGAUAUAAAUAUGAUGAAGGACAAAUUUUCUGAGGAUCAAAUUAAAAAUAUAAAUUUAGAAAAUAUUAAUGAUAUUCAAAAUCAAUUAGUGAAUUUACAGAAUUGUUUAAUCCAUGACUUAUCUAUUGAACCAAUUUUGCCUGAAUUAAAAAAAUAUUUAGAAAAAGAUGUAUUUUUAGAUAAAGUGUUAAAAAUAUUACCUGAUGAUUUCUUUUCACAUAAGUUCAAACCAGUUAAUAAUAAUGAAAAAAUAAAAAAUGAAUUUUACGAUUUAUAUAAAGAAAGCAUAAAAGAAGCAUUUUUAGAUGAAAAUGAUAAUUAUUUAAAAAAAAAAUUUUAUCAAAUAAUCUCUUAUUUGUAUAUAAAUCAUGAGUCUACCCUAAAUUUUAUUUUAGUUCGUACAUUAAAAAAUUCUGUAUUAAAAGAAAACUUAUUAAACUUAUCAUAUGCUUUAAAUAGUAUAGAACAAAAUAAAUUAAUAGAUGCAUUAAAAUAUAUAAAUGAAUUGAAAGGAAAUUGUAAAAAUACUUUUUUUUCUUUUAAUGAGAAUAUUAAAAAUACAUUAUUGUUCAGAUUUUAUUUAAGAUUAACUAUAUCAAGGCUUAUGCUAACAAGCAAAACUUUAAAAACAUAUCAGUAA